UGAGCGUCCAAAGCUUCAAACUCACACCUUUCUCCAAAAUUGCAGAACUAGGGUUGCCAUCAAUCAGGGUUUCGAAACCCUAGAAAUGCUCCUUCUCUCCCCAAGCUUUCAUAGGGAGCUUCAUUACGGUUGCAACAAUGUCGGAGAUCCUAACUCUAGAGAAAGCUCAGGGUGAAGAGGAAUGGGAGGCGCGAGCUCGUUCGUGGCUCUCCACUCUUCCAAAACGUCGCAAUGUAGUGCUUUCCGAAGUGGAGGAAUGGGUUUCCUCUAAUGCAUCAGUUCUUCCUGAUCAUGUUCUCACCAUGGCUCGAUCUGAGCUCUAUCAACGUGUGCUUUCACUCCACAAGCUCAUUCGUGAGCCAAAACUGGUUACAAUGAAUGAUCCUAUUAAGGUUGGACCUCCUCAGCCUCUAUUCCAGCGAACAGAUCACUGGAGACCAAUUUAUACAUGGUUGGAAUCAUGGGACACAAACGAGGUUGUUAAACCAUCUGACAUAGUGAACUGGUUUUCGGAGAACCCUGAAGUAAAAAAUGAGUUGUACUCAAGGCAUUCUAAGUACCAUUUAAUGCAUUACAUUCAGAGGUUGCAUGCAAAAUUAUUGAGGAAGCAAGGAAAAUUGCAGAAGGUUAUUCAGCCAUCCAAAAGGUCUCCAAUAAAGCGCAUGGGCAAUGGUGCUGCAGCCCUCGCCAUUGUGGAACCUGUUAAUUGCUCAAGUAAUGGAUUGGAGGAUACUGGAUGUUCUUUAUUGGGUAAAGAUGAAGCCUUGCUUCGCUACGAACUUUUAUCUGAUCUACAGAACCAGCUGACAAGGCUUCUUUCUAAACAGAAACAAGUUAAUGAUUUGAAAGAUGCCUCUAGACAAAGGCCCACAGGAAAUAAUAAUUGUGGGAACUCAGAUGGGGUUCGUGAGGAAGGGUCUCCCAGGGUUAAGGCUUUGGCCAUGUCUCAGCCCCAAGAUGCAGGAACUGUCUCUUCAACAGGACAAUCGAGGCUUAGAUCUUCUUCAGAUACAAAACAAGGGAGAAAAAGAAGGAGAACCAAAGAUUAUACUGGAGCAGUGACCCUUGCUUGGGCAUAUUGUGAAGCAUCCUCCGGUACUGAGCCAAAUGGCACUCUUUUGAACAAAGGCCCCCAUGUAAAUUGUGAUGAUACUGGAACACAAUCUGGUCGGGAUGUCGAAGUUUGCUCCUCUACAUCUCAGACGUCUUCAGCUGGAAACUCCGUACUAAGAGAGUAUUGCAAGAACAUUGCAAAGUGCGUGCAGGGGCGAGAAAGAGGCUUUGCUUGGCCAUUGACACUUCCAUCGGUUGGGUAUGUUGGAAGACACCGGGAAAGGUGGAUUCCAUUUUUUGAAGGAUGGAAUUCUCUUGGCAGACAAUUUCUUGGGCCUGCAGUGUUUCUAGAAAGGAAGGGUUAUUCAUCUUGGGUUCCCACUUGGAAUGCAUAUACUUCAAGCGCUGCUGUUGCACAACCUCUUGGCAGAAUAGAUCAAAGUGUUCAAAAGGUUCUAGAUGUCAGGUUUCAUCCUGGUGGACUUGCUCAACUCGUGUGCAGCUCUAAUGAGGCACCUAACGAGUUGCUGUUGUAUAAUCUUCUUGCUGGCAAGGCAAUUGAACUGAGAGGUCAUAACUGCCAGAUUCAAGCAGUGGAAUAUGCCGUGAAGGGUGCUAGCAUCGUGUCUUGUGGCGCUAACUUGUUAAAGGUUUGGGACUCCACAACUGGUGCAUGCCUUUUUACUUUGGGGCCUCUUGGUAAUGAGCAAGAUGCCGCUGGACACAUAAAGAAGAUCAACGCUGUUGCGGUCAAUCGCUGGCAAUCAUGUCUGGUCGUCACAAGUGGUGGGGAAGGGGAUGGAAAGCUCCUUCUAUGGAAUGCCUUGAAUGGAGAAUUGGCUGCUGACCUAAAUGUGAAUUUGAGGUUGAAAGACCGGGUUUUACCUUCCAUUGAUGCGAUGGAGUUCUGUAGCCAAAACCUCCUUGUUUGUGGUAGUGAUUCUGCAUAUGGCGGGCCAGCUCUUGUGCAGCUUUGGGAUAUUGAAGCUUCUCAUGAUUCAAUUUCUUUCCCAGCAAAUGACUCUUACAUUACCUCGCUGAAAAUAAAUCCAGCUUGUACUACCAUAAUCACUGGUGCCGGGGAUGGAACUGUUGGACUAUUUGAUAUACGGACAUGUGGGGGGAUUUCUCGUCUCUCGGUUGGAUCAAGUUGUGAGGUGACAUCUGUUUCAUUCAGCAGUUGCGGUAGAUACUUCCAUGCAUCAAGCACGGGGAACAACACAUUGGUAUGGGAUACGCGCAUGAUCUCAACGAAAUGUGGCCAGAUGCCUUCAGAGAGGCCCAUCCCUGUCAGUGAUCUGAGCUUGAUGAGGCCUCUACAUUGUUUGAGCCAUGGGAAACCAAUGCCAACUGCAGAACAUGCUGGUCAACUUCCAGGAUUUGUGGAUGAGGGGGACCAAGGUGUAAAUGAUGCUCGUUGGCUUCAUGAGGCACCAAUAUUAGUCACGGCAAGUGGCAAUGGGAGUGUUGCAAUGUGGGAUGUUGCACUUGGGCAACCUUGCAUCCGGCACAUGAGCAGCCACACUCGGUGUGCUAACACUGUUGCUGUGGCUCCAAAUGAUGAGUAUAUCUGUAGUGGAGGAGACGAUCAAAAAGUGGUCUUGUACCAUGAUCUGAGAGGCCGAUCACAAUCAAAUUGGCGCUUGACUCAUCCUCUACUCGAGAUGGAUUAAAAUUUCCCAAGUCAUGAUAUCAAGGAAUCAAGUAUUUAUAACUUCUCACUAUGGUUUGACUAAGAAACCAAACUGUUCGCCACUCCUCGGUUCUUUCUUCUUGCUUGUGGAUUCCAAAACAUGAGCAGCAAUUAUUUUUGGAUAUAGUUUCUCCUUUAAUUGUAUUUAAAAUAACAUCUCUAAAAAAACCUGUACAAAUGUAUUAUUUAUUAGUGUUAAAUGAGAAAAACUGCUCAUAGAUCGAGUGGAAUUUAUGGCUAAUUAGAUAGUGAAACUCAGGACUUCUUUUAUGAUCGAUGUGUAUUUGCAAGAGUAAUUUCCCUCUCUUGUGCACGAUAUUCAGACAGUUAUGUAAAUAUAUCAGGGAAAAAUUAGCCAAUUGUGGCUUUUCCCUUUUUUUCCAA